GAAGCAUUGCCCCUUUUUUCUUCCCCUUCCUCUGAUUAACGUUUGAACGGACAAGAAUGAGCGUUUUAUCUCGAGAAGAAACGAUUGAACGCGGCUUCGCUGCCACCGUCCGGUCUUCACGGGCCGCAUUCGCGUCUUAAUCGUCGGCGGCUUCGGAGGCUCGAGAGGCGGCCGCGUGUGUGAGCAGCAACGCCCCGAUGCCCGAAAAAAACACCGUCGCUCUGUUUACAAAUCGGCUGGGAGAAAGUGUUUCCCCGCAGCGUGUCGUUAGAUAAUCGUGUGUGUGUGUGCGCGUGUGUGUGAAGAAUAUACACAUAUAUAUAUAUAUUUUAAAUUUAAAAAAAAAACAUGGCUGAACUGCAUGUUGUGGAGCAGAGCGGCACUGGGACCAUCGAGCAGCCGGAGCACCGCGACGUUCGAGGCUCUCUUCGCCUGGCGUCGCCCACUCUCGUGGUUCCGCCGCGGGGCAGCCAGCUCAGCCCCGGCGGCGGGGUGUCGAGCCCCGGCGGCGGACGCUCGGUGUUCGGCUUCCCGGCGAAGAGCAACCCGAGCUCCCCGUCCGAACCGGCGGAGAAGCCCGGUUCGCGCUGGGUUCGCCUGAACGUCGGCGGGACCUACUUCAUCACCACCAAACAGACGCUGUGCCGCGACCCCAAGUCGUUCCUGUUCCGGCUGUGUCAGGAAGACCCGGACCUGGACUCCGACAAGGACGAGACCGGGGCCUACCUGAUCGACAGGGACCCCACGUACUUCGGCCCCAUCCUCAACUACCUUCGGCACGGGAAGCUGAUCAUGGAUAAAAACCUGGCGGAGGACGGCGUCUUGGAGGAAGCCGAGUUCUACAACAUCGCGUCCCUGGUGAGGCUGGUGAAGGAGAGGAUACGGGACAACGAGAACCGCACGUCUCAGGGUCCCGUGAAACACGUGUACCGGGUACUUCAGUGCCAAGAGGAGGAGCUCACGCAGAUGGUCUCGACCAUGUCGGACGGAUGGAAGUUCGAGCAGCUCAUAAGCAUCGGCUCCUCUUAUAACUACGGCAACGAGGACCAGGCGGAGUUUCUGUGCGUCGUUUCCCGGGAACUCAACAACUCCAGCAACGGCAUCGUCAUCGAGCCCACCGAGAAGGCCAAGAUCCUUCAGGAGCGAGGCUCGCGGAUGUGAAGAGCCAAUUAACUUUAUCGAC